GACUCCUUCUACCAGCUCAUCCAGGAGCAGAGCCGGUGGGCGGCCGAGGAGGGGCUGGAGCUGCAGCAAAGGGAGCCGGGGCCUGGAGCCCUGGGGGCUUCAGGCGAUGACCACCAGGCCCUCCUGGGGCCCGAGGGUGUCCCCGUCCAUAGCACGGCCACGCUCCGCAUCCUGGCCAGCAUGCCCAGCCGCACCAUUGGCCGGAGCCGCGGCGCCAUCCUCUCCCAGCUCUACAACCGCACGGUGCGGC